AUGGGUAUCGCAUCGGGUAUCGGACACUUUUUCGAGUCCAUCAUUGAGGUUAUUCAGGGCAUCUUUACCGCAAUCUUCAACGUCUUUGCCCUGGCUCUACACACUGUCGCCGACGCCGGCAAGGGUGUUGUGCACUUUAUCGAGGGUACUCUUGGUUUCGCGAUUCACAACUUCUUCAUCCUCGGAACUGUCGCCGCUGCAGUCCUGGGAUACCUGUACUAUCAGCAGCGCCAGAAUGGCUCGACCAGGGUCAGCAAGACCUUGAAGUCCAACUAA